AUGCUAUUCAAUUUUUUGUUUGUCGGUUCCUUUGCGUUCAGGGCGUUAGCCCUGCAAAUCUUCUCCAAUGCAUCUGUGCCGGCGAACGCUUCACAGGCGUGCGGCAAUGCCUGGAUGGCGGACCUUCAGUGCAUCCCCGUCGUCUUUACCUUCAGGCCUGGCAACUACUACAAUGAGACCCUGUUGAAGUUGGCAUGCACGUCGGAGUGCGACAAAUCCCUGGCGUCCUGGGAAGCGGGCAUCUUUGGCAAUUGCCACGAUGUGCCCUGGACGGAUGCAUACAACGAGAGUGCCCCCAUCGAAACCGUGCCAAACCUCGUGAGGUACAACUAUAACCAGACAUGCCGCACGGACUCGGGCCGGUACUGCAAUGCAGUGCUGGGAGCUGCGGCUGCAUCCGGAGGCGGCGGAAACUUGUCUGCAUGCGACCUCUGCGCCGUCAAAGCUCUUCAGUUUGCUGCAGGAUCCCCCUACUACGACGGGUCGAUGCUGCAGGCGCAAUCUGUCUAUCAGCAACUCACAUCGAGCUGCGGGGUCACAGGUCUGCCUCUGAGCACGACAACUCUCUCGUUCCUGACGAGCACAUCCACCACACCAUCACCUACGCCGACCUGUGCUGCAAAGACAUACUCAAUCCAGAGCGGCGAUGAUUGCCACUCAAUAGCAAAAUCGCAGGGAAUCGGCACCAUGUGGUUGAUGACUGACAACAAUCUCCCAGCAUGGUGCAACGACUUCCCCACGACAGGGGAGCUGUGCCUCGUGAAUACGUGCAGCGUGUACACAGUACAGCAGAACGACACUUGCGAUUCGAUGGCGGCAGCGAACAGUAUAUCGACCGUGCAGCUACAUGCAUGGAACCCUUCGAUCAACGCAGGUUGCAGUAACCUGAACAGCAGCAUUGGCUUUGAAGUGUGCAUCGAUGAGCCUGGCCAGAAGUAUAUCACGCCCAACGAGACCUUCACAGCCACGACUGCCACAACGCCGGCACCUGUGCCAACCAAUGUGGCGGAUGGAACCAAUACAGAGUGUGGACAGUACUACCAAGCUGUUGCUGGAGACUAUUGCAACCUCCUCACCCUCAAGUUUGGAAUCAGCCUUGAAGACUUUAUUUUCUUGAACCCUGCAAUCAAUGAGAAUUGCACUAAUCUUUACGCAGACGAAAGUUACUGCGUGGAGGCCGUAGGCGACAUAAACACGUAUUCCGGCCGCCCCGGAUACGUCACAGCCACGCCAACAUACUCUAUGAUUCCAUGGGAUAGCUGGCCGGAUGCCACCUUCACGCCCAACACGACAAGCUCAACAGGGCUACCACUCGCUUUGGGCACUCGUCGAGACUGCAACAUCUACAUGGACGGAGACGACUACCAGUUUCCAGACGCAGCAGUGGACGGCACGACACAGUGUGACGUUGUGGCGGGAUUCUGGGGCAUCAGCGUGACAGAUCUGACGUACUGGAACCCGUCGCUCAAUGCAUCGUCUGCCAACUGCAGUCUUUCCACGGGGCUCAGCUACUGCGCAAUUUGGGUUGAUGUGCCAGCGCCGGCAAUUCCCACAACGACGUCUGCGCCUAUCAGAGACGGUGCAGUGGCGAACUGCACGUACUACUACGACGUCGAGGCCGGGCUGACGUGCCAAGACGUGCUCGACUACACCUGCCUCACCAUCGCCCAGUUCUACGCCAUGAACCCUGCCGUCGGCGCCGACUGUAGCGGGCUCUGGCUCGGAUACCAGUACUGCGUCCGCACCGAUGACUACGUCGACCUGAUCGGCUGUAGCGACGGCGACGACAACUCGACAACAACAACGACGCAGACGGGCACGCUGACGGCGCCACCCACGACGGGCACGCAAACCGGCACGGCCGUGCCCUCGACGACGGCGCCGGGCCCGACGCAGACGGGGCAGCCGGCCAACUGCAACGCGUGGUACAUAGCACAGGACGGCGACUCCUGCGCCUCGGUCGAGACGACGUAUCUCAUCAGCGCCGCGCAGUUCCUCGCGUGGAACCCAGCUGUGUCGGAGGACUGCUCGACCGGGUUCUGGGCCGGGUACGCGUACUGCGUCGGCACGACGGACGCGCCUGUUUCGACGCCCGCGGCGACGACGACGACGUCUGCUGCGAGUACGACAACGACGGCGGCGGUGCCGUCGCCGACGCAGGGUAAUAGCAUUGUUAGUAAUUGCAACAAGUAUGCGCAGGCCGCCGAGGGGGAUUACUGCUCGCUGUUCGCCGAGGAGAAUGGCAUCACGGCGGCGGAAUUGUAUGCGUGGAAUGCGGUGCUGGAGGAGGAUGGGAGCGGAUGCGAUACCCAGUUCUGGCUGGGGUACUGGUACUGCGUUGGCGUUGCUGCUUAG